GCACGACCAAUUUUGGAUGGAAAAGUUGACAUCAUGCACAUUUCGGUUCCACAAAGGACACGAUUUAAACCGGACACGGUGCUGAGAGUCGAUCAAAGCAAAGACAGAAGAAGAAGAACAUCAUCGUCUUCAUCUUUUCACUGACAGCAUCAUGAAGACUCUCUGCUUCGCUCUGGGGCUGCUGCUGCUCAUCGCCGGCUGCUGCGACGCCAUGUCUCACGCUCUGCAGUUCAUGGCCCCUACAAAGUGCUGCUUUAACUUUUACACAAACAGUUUACCUUUAAAGAGGAUAUCCAGCAUCAUCAAGACCCACAGCUCCUGUCUGCAGCAGGCGUUCAUAGUCCAGACGAUCAGAGGACGACAGAUCUGCUACAGCGGGACUUUCCAGUGGGCUCUGGACGUCUACAAUCUGCUCCACAACACCGAGGGCAGCGGUCAGCAGCAAUGA